UCACGCUGGAUCCUGCACGCGUGAAGAUUCGAGUUGGAAAACUCGAAUCAAAAGUUCACUGUGGAAAAGUUCCUUACCGGAGAAUUUUUCAUCGGUUCCUUGGUGAGAGUUUGGUGAUCUAGAAGAAGAGAUCGAAGGGAGCUCGCUACCUGGGUAAUUAUGUUUCAAGUGCGAGAUCACGAUUAUCGAUUGUUAGGAAGAUCGAGACUGAAUUAAUAAUUUUACUUAAUGAAAAGUGAUCGAGGUGGUGUGUAUUAGAUAUACAGAAAUUUUGGUGCACCAGAACCGCAACGAGAAAAAAGAAAAUUGAACGAUGUUCGAUCCUUUCGCGAAUCUCAUUAGAAAAGGAUAAAAAAUUUAGUUCGCAGAUAGAAUGGUGAGUGAUUCGAAUUUGUAGGACGAGUGUCGAGAGACAAGACAGUUGGGCAGUGGCCGGAUGUCAAUGAACUCGCGUGAACGAAGCACGUUGGAGAGAUGAAGUGUAACGCAAAGAACGAGGGAACGAGUAAUCGAGGAAUCCGAACUGUUUUUCAGUGGAUCAAAAUAACCGACAGAUCUUUGCAAAAGUAAAAGCUACGUAAUAAUGUUCAAUGAUCGCAAAUUGGCUCUGAAGGAAAGCGAAGGCACUGUUUAAAAAUCGACAAAUGGAACUCUUUAGCGACUCAAGGCGAAAGAGAGAAUGAUAAAAAAGAGAUAUUGCGAAGAGAAUUAAACGAUUUGAUAAAUGCGCCGUAUUGAUAAAUAAAUUACGAAGUACCGAUAUUAUAUUGUUGUUUAAGCGAGGAUUAUUUAAGCAAUUGGAGAAGAGAAUUCAGGAGCCCGCAAGGAUCGAGGAUUCGGGACAGGUGUAUUUCUGCAUGAAGGGAUUCGGAUGCAGCGAAGCGGAAGCGUUUCGCCUCAUUAUUCGUCCUGGCCAUCACAAAUUUACUACUCGGACGGUGAUCACACUAAUAAGGACUGUCGACAUCAUACCGGCUACCGCAGCGUAAAUUAAUUUGUAGAAGCACACAUAUAUUGGAGCUUCGUUCCAAUGUGCAGCAUUAGCCACUGACGAUUUCGACGUACACUUGAAGUUUAACGAUGUAGCACGGUUUCUCACGGAACGACCUGUUGAUGAAGUAUGGGUUGGUUCUUCCUUGCCACUAUUUUGUUGCUUUCCUUAUGCGGAUGCUGCGAAACCGUCAAUCACAUUUUUCGCAAAUCUGACGCGGCGGGAGCGCCGAUGCCACAGAGUGGAAGUACUGGGAGCCAUGGUCAGCCGCAGGCCGGUUCGUCGCCGAGCACCCCGGGCCCCGGCGGCGGUGGUUCUAUCGGUGGUGCUACCGGAAGCGGCGGCGGCGGCGGUGGCGGAGGAGCUACCGGUUUCUCCACCGGCGCUGCCGGAGCUGCCACUUUUGGUCUCGGCGUUACUGGUGGGUCGACCGGCGGUGGAGCCGGCGGUGGUGCAGCCGGCGGCGGUGCCGCAGCUUCUGAGACCGGUUCAAGGUGGGCCGACAAGGGACCUCGUCGGGGUCGAGGAUGGCGCGAUUGGCGUCGCGGCGAUCCAACUCUCAUCAAAGGCCUGUGGAAGUCAAAGGGUCCUCUAGAUUCGCUGGGACAGGCGGAAAUCUACAUCAUUGUGGCUCUCCUGAUCGGCUUCUUCACCGUGGUGAUCGGCUGCUGGCUGUCCGACAAUUGCUGGUCGCCGGAGCCAGAAGGCGUGGUCACCCUCGCAUAGCCUAGUGCCGACUUCCGUGCCUCCAGGCGAUAACAACUACUACGGCGCCCCUCAUACAGAAUUCUUCAGGACCCCAGCCUCUACUCGGAUCAUCAUAGUAACGCAUCCGGCAACGUCAGCGGCAAUCAUCGACCGUUGCUCGAUAUCAAUGACAAUGACACGCUAUUACGCGUAUAAACACCACGCACGCGGGACCUUCUUCAUCGAAGAGGUAUUGUUCGAUCGACGGCAUCUGCGAACCAACCUCCUUCGCAAGUUCCUAUUUCGCAAGAGACGAGUUUUUGAGCAGGGUCAGUUCUUGAGCGCGAAAAGAGACGUCAAAGAAGAAAAUGGAAUUAAACGAACGAACUGUGAAGUUUUUCGCUCCGUAUUACAUAUCGAUUCUCAAAGUCGCAAGUGUACGAAAUAAUUGCAUGUCAUGUUCACAAUGACAAUUGAAAAUUGGCGUAUUGGAUUAAACCAUUAAACUAACGAAAAGAUAUGUUGCCGAUAUUUCAUACGAAGCAGGUGAUGGUGAAGUUUAUUGUAUUUAAUCUCUCUAAGACUGACUCCGCAAUUGUAAGUCAGUUCCUUUCGCGUCGUUAUAAACGAUGGAAGAGAUUUUUUUAAAUUCAAUAAGGUAUCGUGCUUGUGCAGCAUGUUUUUAUUCAAACUCUCUAAAUCUGAAUCGAUAGAUAAUUAUUGAUUACCCAGUGGCAUACUUGGUAAUAAGUGAAAUUCAAAGAAAAAGUUUGAGCAUUGUAUAAUUAAAAUACCGAUAUUCACACGUCAAUUCCAAUACCAUAUGCAUUGAAUUUAUUCAUCUAAAGCAAAGUUAGCUAGGUUAGAUACUUCACAUUUCAUUCACUGAUUACCAGUGACAUACUUGGGACUGCUGUCAGUGAUUAUCUACUGAUUCAAAUUUAAGGAGAACGCAGAUGGUUCUAUUACAGCUAUUGUACGUUUUAUUAUAUAUAAUUAAUGAUUAAUUUAAUUAAUGCCUAAUUAAUGCCAGGCAUUAAUUGCGCGUCCAGCGUAUUAUUACGGAGUCCGGAGUACUCGCAAUGAAUAUCAAUACAGAGGCUAUUAUCGCUUGUUACGCAAUCAAGUGACAAGCUCUCAGACUUGGAGAUAAUUGAUUCCGCUUGAAGCAAGGUACAGAUAUUAAGGGAGAUCUGUCCGAUAAUAGACGUCGAAAGGGAGAUAUUUUCGAAGUAAAACAUCUUGAAUUCAUUUUCUUUUAAUACAAGCACCAUUUGUCGAAAUACACGUUGAAAUAUACAAAUGAAAUCAACAUUCUCAGUCCAUCUUUCGCUUCUUUUACGAUCAGGAAAUUUCGUCGAUUGCUUAAACUCUCAAACGCGACUUCGAAGAUUCGUUCUCAUUUCUCAUCAGCGGGCUCCCACGUCAAGUUUUCGAGUUAAAUCGCCUUCACGAAGAAUUGGCAGAAUUACGUUUUCCAAUUUUAAGAUGAAGCUGAAGUUUAGGAACCUCCAUCUUCCACAUCCGCUCGGACGUCCGGUCGUGAAAUCCGAUCGGGCUCCGCAGGUUUGUAUGCGCGAACGGAACGGACGGAUUGUGGGAACGGCAGGAGCCGACGAAGUUCUUAUUGCGAUAAUACGCGAAGUUGCUGCAUCGGACGGCGACACACCGGUGGCCGCAACGAAGUUGCGGGCCGUGCACAAAGUCCAAAAUGGGUCAACAAGCCGUGAUCAUCCCCCUCGCUCACCCUCGCCGAGAGCCCGUAAUAUCAUUAAAACACAUUGCAUCGAAACGAGCAGCGCGUCGAUUCUCAGUACAUGGAGUUCGUAGCGUGAAUAACGACUCGCCCACAUAUCUUAAUCAUCAUGUUGCACGUUUAUGAUGUCGACCGUGAAACCCGUCGGGAAUGGUUCUGAUCCGUAGUUAACUCUCAUUGAACUCUAAGCGAGUUCCUGUCCGCCAUCCUCUCAAAUUUCGAUACCGUUCUGUAUUAAUUUGGUCAUCAAUUUCUCAUCAAUCUUUAAUCGCUUCAAUCAUUAUUUUAUUAUCUAACAUAUCAUAUCAUUAAAAGACUGCUUUUCUCUUCUUGUACAUCGUCGCCGAUGAAAUUUGAUGGAUUGUCGUGUAAAAUCAAAUUUGAUUGUUUUCAAUUAAAAAUGCAGCGAUGAUUGUGUAUUGAUACUUUCUUGUGAAAAUCCGACAUAAUUUAGCAAUUUGAAAUGAAAAUUUUCUUAUGUCCGACAUGGAUUGCUAAAUGUGCUACUUUAGAUAAAUAAAUCGUAAUCGUUAUUUGUAAUAUUUAAUUCUUUAUGCAAU